AUGUCCUUUACACCAAUUGAAGAUGUUAUUAAUCAUUUUAAACAAAAUAAAUUUGUCAUUGUUAUGGAUGAUGACUCAAGAGAAAAUGAAGGUGACUUAAUCGUAGCAGCUAAAAAUAUUACCACUAACCAAAUGGCUUUCUUAGUACGUUAUUCAUCAGGUUACAUCUGCGCACCGAUGUCCAAUGAAUUCGCUGAUCGAUUAGACCUACCUUUAAUGAGAAAAAAUAUUAAAUGUGAAUCUAAUGCAGAUGAUAGACAUGGCACAGCAUAUACUAUCACUUGCGAUGUUGUCGAAGGUACUACUACUGGUAUCUCAGCUCACGACAGAGCACUAACCUGUAAAGCAUUAGCCAACCCAGUGAACAAACCUACGAAUUUCUUAAAACCUGGUCAUAUUUGUCCUCUGAGAAGUGCAGAGAAAGGUCUCUUGCAGAGGAGAGGACAUACUGAGGCUGCAGUGUAUCUAUGCCAAUUAAGUGGAUUACCACCGGUGGCAGCCAUUGGAGAACUGGUCAAGGAUGAAGAUGGCUCCAUGAUGAGAUUAAAUGAUUGUCAAGAGUUUAGUAAGAAACAUAACAUCCCAUUAGUAUCAAUCGAAGAUCUUGCAAAAUAUCUUUCCUCAAACUAA